AUGAUUGCCAAUCAGAGCAUAGUGUGUCCCGCUGUUCGUCCAUUAUUUUCUUUCUUGGGCUUCCCGCUGAUGGCCGGUGACCUUUCAGCCAUCAACUCAAAUGGGGAAGAGGAUGGAUCAGGUGGAGACAAUUCGAACCCCGGGUCCUGCGAAGAAGACCAAGCCCGGCUUCGAUUGAAAAGAAAGUUACAGAGGAACAGGACUUCAUUCACCAAUGAACAGAUUGACAGUCUUGAAAAAGAAUUCGAAAGAACACACUACCCAGAUGUGUUCGCAAGAGAAAGAUUAGCAGCGAAAAUUGGUUUGCCGGAAGCUAGAAUUCAGGUUUGGUUCUCGAACCGAAGAGCGAAAUGGAGGCGAGAAGAAAAACUUCGCAACCAACGGCGAGCCAGUGAACAAGGCGGAAGUUCACCAGCAAGGCUACCAACUUUCCCGACCAACCCUAUCUAUCCACCGAUACCAACACCCAUAUCAGAUACUUACAGUUCAAUGGGCAGUGGAUUCAGUAUGGUCGGUAGCGGAGGCGUGAGUCCUGGAGGUUCCACUGCAUGCCUUCAGCAGCGAGGAGAAUACUGCACCAUGUCGAGGAACUACGACGCCAGCCUGGGACUUACAACGUACCCAAGGCAUUCACCAUGCAGCCCUAGUCAGACCCCGUACCAAGCUCAAUACACCACUAACCCAGUCACAUCGACAGGUCUUAUAUCGCCUGGAGUAUCUGUGCCAAUCCAAGUUCCAGGACAGAGUCCGGAGUUGACAUCCCAAUACUGGCCAAGACUCCAGUGA